GGGCAUAUGGGAUUUGAAGAAACAGAGAAUGGAACAACAAGUCGCCGUUGACACAGGGGUACCGGCGGCCCAUGGAUUUGGGCAUACAAGAAACGGACACUUAAAAGUCAGGUUCAUAAUCCCACCCAUUGUUCCAACGGAUCGAGUUUACACCCUGGAGAUCUGCAGAGAGGACCCGGAGGAGAGGAAGCUUGUUUGGUUCAAAAGAGAGGUGAUCCAUCCGGUGUCUUUCCAUCUGGCGCAAGGUUUUGCGAAACUGGUGUGUGAGGGAGAGGAUCGAUUCCUGUUUUGGAAAGGGGGCUACGCAAGUGCCACACGUAUUCAGAUUAUAAAGUUUGAUUUGGAGAGAGAAUCCUUGGGGCUUGUGAGAGUCCCUCCAGAUGAUUCUUUAAGGCAUCAAAAUAUGUGUAUUGGCCAUGGAUUUCAAGGCAGGCUGGCCUUGUCUGUAUAUGUUCCUUCAUCGAAUGCAGAGCCUUUUUCGAUGCUGCGUGUGUGGACUCUUGAGAGGAAUGAUGGAGGAAAUAACAUCUUUUGGCAUAGGCUGCUCACCCUUCCUAUGGAGGCCUCCAAUGUGCUUGAGCCCUUUGUUCCUUUAUCCUUCUUCUAUGGAAGAGGUGAUUCAGGAGUGAACUUUCUGUUCCACAGGAAUAACAAUGAGGUCUUUCACAUUGUUCUGAGAGGUGACGAGGUUGUGAGCGCUCCGAUUACUAUACCAGCCUUCACCUACCGUCAAGGACCUUUUGUUGGUAGGCAGUUCCAAGCCACUCGCCUCCGUCCCAAAAUAUCCUUCAUUCUGGAGCCUUCACUGCCCAAAGUUGAGGAGGACAAGCCGAUGAGAUGGGAUCCCAGUCUCAGUUUUGCAGAUGACACUGAGUAAAAGAAGGAUGAAUACUCAAACUGUACAGGACGAUUUAGGAAGGGAGGUAGUUGUGUUGAUGAAGACCAGCGCUUUGUGUCUGCAGGACAAAUAUACAAACCGUACAGGGAGACUUAGGAGGGGAGGUAGCUGUGUUGAUGAAUACUAGCGCUUUGAGUCUGCAGGAAGAAUAUACAGACCGUACAGGGAGAUUUAGGAGGGGAGGUAGCUGUGUUGAUGAAGACUAGUGUUUUGUUCCUUAAAAGGAUGAAAAAACGUUUCCUCUGCAACUAUGUUACAGUGAAUCAUAGAGAUAUUGGAUUUAAGCUUUUCAAUGUUUGUUGCUAUAUGUUAAUAGUGAAUCUGUUGGAUAAAUCUGGUAGCUUUACAUAU